AUGCCUGUCCCGCCGCCACCGCCACCUCCUCCUCCACCACCUCCACCACCACCUUCUGGAGGGCCCCCUCCACCACCACCUUCAGGAGGGCCCCCUCCACCACCACCACCACCACUGGCAAGCUCAGAGCUACCAAAACUGCGAAAGGACGAGCAGAAAGCACGAAACGCGCUCCUGGCUGAUAUCCAGCAGGGAACUCGCCUGAGGAAAGUGACCCAAAUCAACGACCGCAGUGCGCCACAGAUUGAAAAACCCAAAGGAGCUAACAGAGAUGGAGGUAACCCAGCUGUUAAUAAAGGUGGCUCUCAGCAGCCCCUGGGAGGUUUAUUUGCUGGUGGCUUUCCUGUUCUCAGACCAGCAGGCCAGAGGGACAUGACAGGUAAGGCAGGGAAGCUCUCCGGAGGCCGAGCAGCAUCCCCUAGACCCUCCGCACCGCCGAGCAGCGGCGCUGCCAAGGCGAACAGCACCCCCUCGCAGCCGGCCGAGGUUCCAAGGGCAGCUGUCCCACCGGAGCCUCCCGGCACCUCCCGAGCCGCAGCGGGAGCGGGUCCCGGGCGGCCCAGCCUGCCCGCGCCCCCUCCGCCGCCCCCCGCUUCCAGCAAGCCUUCCCUCACCUUCCCUCCUCCUCCCCCUGUGCCCCCUCCGGCCGAUCGCCCUGCCAAGGGGGUGACCCCCGGCGCUGCUCCCCCGGCCCCGCUCCCUCCCCCUCAGGCUGACAAACCCACCAAGCCCCAAGCAGGCGCUCCGCCCCCGCCGCCCCCUCCUCCUCCUCCUCCUCCUCCUCCUCCCCCGCUGCCCCCCGUGCCCCCCUGCGCGCUGCCGGGCAGGGCCGCCGAGGCCUCUGCGGCCGCCGCCGCUCCGGCCGAGGGAAGGGACUGUCCCCCUCCCGCGCCGCCGCCUCCUCCGCCGCCACACGGCCACCCCCCGCCCGCAAACAGGCUCUCCUUUUCCCCGUCCCCGGCCUUCAGCGGUGCCGACGUGCCCCCUCCGCUGCCCCCCAAGUCUCCCCACGUGCUGUCACAGUUCCAUAAGCCGAGCAACAUCCAGUCGCUGCCGCUGCCACCCACCCCCGGCCCCCCUCAGCCCGCAGCCGUGGGAGAGACCAGGAAGAAGAGACCCGGCCGAGGCGCAGGAACCGGUGCUGGGAAGCUGGUCACACCUCCACAGCCACCUGCAAGAUCCCCAACAACUGAACUUACAAGCAAGUCUGGAGUCUCAGCCUGGGCUACAACUCAUGACCCCUACACACCACUUAAAAAUGGAAAUAUGCACAUCAUUGAUGACUUUGAAUCAAAAUUUACUUUCCAUUCUGUGGAAGAUUUCCCUCCACCUGAUGAAUUCAAACCAUUUCAGAAAACAUAUCCCAGCAAGAUACCCAGAGAUCCCUCUAAAAAUCCUCCAUUAAGAACACACGUGAGAUGAGAAGAGUCUUCUGAUGUUCUCUGGACUAGUAUUAAAAAAGAAGAUCAAGAUAAUAUAUAAGACAGAAGGGGUCCCUGUUGCAGUGACAGAUUGUACUUGAGUCACAAGUACUGCAAUAUUAACAUUUCUAUAAACUGUAAAACAAUAUAAAUUAUACCUUUUGAACUGACCUACAUACUACAGGAAUGUUAGUAGUACAGGCUUUUAAAUUACUGUAUAUAGGUGAAUAUUUUUUAAGCAAAGCAGCAUAAAAUUUAAAUUCUUUGUAGUGUUGAAACAAUUCUCAUUCUUAUUGUGCUGACAAUGUUACCUCAGAAUGUUUUGUGCUACGUGCCUGUAGUUCUUUUUUCCCCUUCCAUCAUAAUUUUUGGAAAUUCUCCAGUUAUUAUUUAGACAUUUUUUUCAAUGAA